AUGACUUCCAAUACUACACAGAGAGAAAUAAUCGACAAAUCAUCAAUCAAAGAUCCUCACGAAAGAUCCGAGGAACUAUCAAACGUCGAGUUGGACGUUUCGACUGAAGAAGGACAGCUUGUACAAGCAUGUACAUCGACUACCGAAGGCGAAGCUACUAUCGAAAGCUACAUUGCUGCUGAACAUCAACCCGCCAUCCACAUAGAUCACUCUGGUAUCAUCAUCAUCAUUACCGCUGGUAGCAAGGAUAACAGUAAUGCGUCAGAAGUCUUGGAUGUCAUUUCUCUGAGUAAAGAGCUAGCAAAUAUGCCAGACAUGAAUAUAACUAACAAUGGUGUCAUUAUAAUUGGCGAACAUAUUCAGCUCAACUUUGGCGUACAGUCUAGCAACACAAUUAAGGACUUGAUAAGGAAGAUUCAAGGUAAAACGGAGGCCUCUCCUGACCAACUACAACCUAUACUUGACGGGAAAGAACUUGAUGAUGGUCAAUCGAACAAGAACAUGAAAUAUGGUGCAAGCAACAGGUCGGAAUUUUGUCUUGUUCCCAACACAUCUCAGCUUUAA